AUGGGGCAACGCCAGGCGGGCGUGAACCAGCUGGGCGGCGUGUUCGUGAACGGGCGGCCGCUGCCCGACGUGGUGCGCCGCCGCAUCGUCCAGCUGGCGCUGCUCGGCGUGCGGCCCUGCGACAUCUCCCGCCAGCUGCUCGUGUCGCACGGCUGCGUGUCCAAGAUCCUGACGCGCUUCUACGAGACCGGCUCCAUUCGGCCCGGCUCCAUCGGCGGCAGCAAGACCAAGGGGCUAUACAAGUCGAUGGACAUCCUGGCAGUGAUAAAAGAAAGAAGACUGAAGUGGUAUGGACACGUAAUGCGUCGAGAACGCCAGAUCACCAGGCAGGUAGUGGAGGAAGAUAUUAGAGGCAAAAGCCCACGGGGAAGACCUCGACUCCGACGUACUGAUCAGGUCAGAGAGGACAUGAGUGCGCUGUGGCUGUCUGAAGAAGAAUACAUGGACCGAGGACGCUGGAGGAAGCUGAUUGGUGAGGCCAAAGACCGACUGCGGUUUGUGUGGCCAAUGCAGCAGCAGCAGCAGUAA